UCUUGGAGUCAGUCAGUUGCCCUUCGACCGGCGUCCUUCACGGUUCAAAUCGAGUUGGUUUUGAGAGGUAGUGUGGGCAUCGUGCACUUCCCGUUAAUAAACAAAACCUCAGUGUUCGAAAACUUAGCACAACGUUUCGCGAAGAUUUCGGCGGUCCUUCUCGCAGAAGGACGAGGACUUUGCCUUUUAUCGCCAUGGCCCCCCACAGGCGGAGGGCUACUGACACUGCGAGUGUAGGCCUCCUCCACCUUCGGGCCGCACUCCUGGCAUGUCUCCUCUUUGCAGCAGUGACACGGGCAGCGUCCUCAGCUCAGACUGAUGAGGACCUCAUAUUCGAGGAAGAAGGUAUCAUGCGGACGCGUCACGACGUCGAGGUGGCCCCCGUAGAAGCUCCUUUGCCAGAAGAACAACCCAGCUUCUUGACGCGCGUGCGCAGACAGUUCUCCUACUUUGGCUUCGGUUCCAAUGCCCCCACCGACGAUGAAGACGGUUUGGGCUCUGCUGGGGAGGAAGGAUCAGGAGGGGAACAGCUACGUAUAUACCGUGCUAAGGUCCAUGUCGUAAAGGACUGGAGACCCUCUCUUGGCAACGUGAAAUCCCCUGAUUUCGUGGCCUUAGCCAGAGAUUUAGAGAGGAAUUUAGAAGUAGCUCUUCGGCGCAUCUCUGGUGACAAGACCGUCAAGGUGUCUGGCAUGAGGCGCUCAGACCCGGGUAAGAUCUUAGCGACAGUUGACAUCAACUACAUGGGAUGGAGUGAUGAAACGGAAGCCAUGCGCAGAGCCAUCAGGAGUGUCCUGGACUCCCAGUACUUGGGCACCAUUCCAGUCAAUUCCCAAUACUUCAGCUUCGAAGAACCGAAAGCAGCACCAACCCGUCCCUCUUGUGCCGCGGGGCAACAUCAGUGCCCAUCUGGUCGCUGUGUUAAGCGCUGCGACGGACGUGCCGAUUGCCUUGAUGCCUCCGAUGAACUGAACUGCGUCGUGGAAGUCGAUGUUGUCCCUACCUCGGGCACCACCGCAGGGUCUGCUGCUGCACUGGGUGGUUGUCGUGGCGACGACCAAUACACAUGCAUGGACGGAACCAGCAUUUGUGGUGUGCAGCUGUGUGAUGCAAGGAAAGAUUGCCUCCUGGGAGAGGACGAGAAAUUCUGUGACGAUGGUGGUGGUUGCCCUGGGGACGACCAGUUCACUUGCGUCGAUGGUUACGUCAUUUGUCGAGAUCAGCGUUGCGAUUCACAGGUCGAUUGCCCCCAAGGAGACGACGAAGAGGCCUGUGAUUGCGAGGAGGGAUUCUUUCAGUGCGACGCCGUUAGGUGUUUAUCGAACGAUCACAAAUGCGACGGAAGGAUCGACUGCAUGGAUACCUCCGACGAGAAGGGAUGCCCCACUACCCCUUCGCCCUACACAGAUCCCACGCCGCCCACUUGUCGUUCAGAUGACCAGGGUCCCAAUGUGUGCCGAGAUGGGCGAACCUACGCAUGCUUCUGCGACGGCAAGGUGGAGUGCCCCGACGGAGACGACGAGGAUUCGUGUCCUUUUACCGGUUGCGAGCCAAACGAACUGAGCUGCGACGACGGCUUAGGCUGCAUCCCGGAAUCGAAGGUGUGUGAUGGAACCCCGGACUGCUACGACGGCGCCGACGAGAGGAACUGCCCUCCAGUUGUGCCAUGUGGAAGAGACCAGUACAUGUGUAAAACCGGCGAAUGCAUUGAUAAUUUCCGUCAGUGUGACUACAUGAAAGAUUGCCCUGGGGGAGAGGAUGAAAAAUUCUGUCCUUGUAAGCCAGACGAAUACGAAUGUAACAGUGGCCAGUGCGUUGGAGAGAACAAGCGAUGCGAUGGAGUUGCUGACUGUGAUGAUGAAACAGACGAAACAGUUGGAUGUCCAUGUGAUCCAAGCAGUUUUACUUGUAGAAAUGGACAGUGCAUCCAUCUCACAGUCAGGUGCGAUGGGGAGCCUGACUGCGAUGAUCAGUCAGACGAGCAGGGUUGCCCUGCUUGUUCCAGUGAGGCAUUCCUUUGUGGAAAUAAUCAGUGCAUUCCAGAAGAAAACGUUUGUGAUGGCAAUGAGGAUUGUGACACAGAUGAGUUAAACUGCUGUGAAGGGUCAGGAAUGUUCGAGUGUGACAGUGGUGACACUUGUCUUUCUGAAGACAGAAUUUGUGAUGGGGUUAAUGACUGUAGUGAUGGCUUUGACGAGAGCCAGUGUUCAGGUGAGUGGUGCCCAGAAGGAAAAUUCCUAUGCAAGAACGGAGAUUGUAUUGACAUUGCUUACGUCUGUGAUGGGCUCACCCAGUGUCGAGACCAGUCGGAUGAAAAAGAUUGCCCAUGCGGACCUGAUCAGUGGCGGUGUAGAGAUGGGCUGUGUAUUCCAAAACACAAUCGAUGCAAUAGAUACUUUGAAUGCGCAGACUACUCUGAUGAAGAGAAUUGCCAACCAGCCUGUCGUCCUACGGAGUGGACUUGUAGAGAUGGAUCUUGCAUUCCUGGAGAUGCACAUUGCAAUGGCUAUCCUGACUGUCGCGAUGGUAGUGAUGAGGAAGAUUGCCGCAGAGGGUGCAAUUCUGAAGAGUGGACUUGUAGAGACGGUUCAUGUGUGGCCUUAAGUCAAAGAUGUGAUGGUGAACCCCAAUGCCUUGAUCGUAGUGAUGAAGAGAACUGUCCUCCUAACGCAUGUUCUCCUGGGGAGUGGACUUGUCUUGAUGGGUCUUGUAUACCAGAGGAAAAACGUUGCGAUCGUUACUAUGAUUGCCCUGACUAUACCGAUGAAGCUGUUUGUCCUCCUACUCCAGCUUGUAGUCCAGGUGAAUGGUCAUGCAAAGAUGAUUCAUGCAUCCCAGAGGACAGAAGAUGUGACGGUCGGUAUGACUGCCCUGACUAUACAGAUGAAGAUGAUUGUGGUUCAGUCUGUGGCCCUAAUGAAUGGAGUUGCAGAGAUGGAUCUUGUGUACCUUUGGAUGCUCAUUGUGAUCAAGUUUAUCAUUGCAUUGAUCGUUCUGAUGAAGAGAAUUGUCCUUUAUUUUGUGAUCCUGGUAGGUGGAAGUGUGGUGAUGGCACUUGCAUACUCUUAGAAAACUACUGCAAUGGUGUUCCUGAUUGCCCAGAUUACAGCGAUGAAGAAGGUUGUGUAGAAGAAUGUAGGUCUGAUGAAUGGAGAUGCUUAGAUGGAACUUGUAUACGGCAAGAAAAUCAUUGUGAUGGAUCACCGCAUUGUUUAGAUCGCUCUGAUGAGGAGAAUUGUGCAGGAUCAUGUGGACCUAGUGAAUGGACAUGUAGAGAUAAGUCUUGUAUACCAUUACAAGCAAGGUGUGAUAGUCAGUAUGACUGCAGAGACUAUUCAGAUGAAGAAAACUGCCCAGCUUGUGGACCUGAUGAAUGGAGGUGUAGUGAUGGGUCUUGUAUACCAGCACAAGGAAGGUGUGAUAGGCAGUAUGACUGUAGAGACUAUUCAGAUGAGGAUAACUGCUCAGCAUGUAGACCUGGUGAAUGGAGUUGUAGGGAUGGCUCUUGUAUACCUGUAGAAGGAAGGUGUGAUAGUCAGUAUGACUGUAGAGACUACUCAGAUGAGGAGAACUGUCCAGUUUGUGGACCUGGUGAAUGGAGUUGUAGGGAUGGGUCUUGUAUACCCUUACAACAAAGGUGUGAUAAUCAAUAUAACUGUAGAGACUACUCUGAUGAGCAGGACUGUGCAGAAUGGUGUAGACCUGGUGAAUGGAGAUGUGUAGAUGGAACAUGUAUACCACAAGAAUAUCGUUGUGACCAAAUUCCACAGUGCUUAGAUCGUUCUGAUGAAGAAAACUGUGGGGCACCUAGAACUUGUGGACCUUUUGAAUGGACUUGUAGGGAUGGAUCUUGUAUACCUUUACAAGCAAGAUGUGAUAAUUUAUAUCACUGUAGAGACUACUCUGAUGAAGAGAACUGUCCAGAUAGAUGUAGGCCUAGGGAGUGGAGGUGCUUAGAUGGUACUUGUAUACCAGAAGCAUAUCAUUGUGAUGGAAUUCCCCAGUGUCUGGAUCGUUCUGAUGAAGAGAAUUGUGUUAAAUCUUGUGAAUCAGGGGAAUGGACUUGUAGGGAUGGUUCUUGCAUACCUUCACAAAGAAGAUGUGAUAAUCAGUAUGACUGUAGAGAUUAUUCUGAUGAAGAGAACUGUCCAGCAUGUAGACCCAGUGAGUGGACUUGUAGGGAUGGGUCUUGCAUACCUUUACAAACAAGGUGUGACAGUCGGUAUGACUGUAGAGAUUACUCCGAUGAAGAGAAUUGUGCGGAAGUGUGUAGGCCUGAUGAAUGGAGGUGUUCAGAUGGCAAUUGUAUACCAAGAACAUAUCGCUGUGACCAAAUACCACAGUGCUUGGAUCAUUCAGAUGAAGAGGGCUGUGCAAGACCUAGACCUUGUCCACCUGGUCAGUGGACUUGUAGAGCUGAUGGGUCAUGUAUUCCUUUUCAAGCAAGAUGUGAUAAUAAAUACGACUGUUCUGAUUAUUCGGAUGAAGCAGGCUGUCAAGAAGUGUGUAGGCCUGAUGAAUGGAGGUGUUCAGAUGGCAAUUGUAUACCAAGAACAUAUCGCUGUGACCAAAUACCACAGUGCUUGGAUCAUUCAGAUGAAGAGGGCUGUGCAAGACCUAGACCUUGUCCACCUGGUCAGUGGACUUGUAGAGCUGAUGGGUCAUGUAUUCCUUUUCAAGCAAGAUGUGAUAAUAAAUACGACUGUUCUGAUUAUUCGGAUGAAGCAGGCUGUCAAGCAUGUGGCUCUGAUCAGUGGACAUGUAGGGAUGGGUCUUGUAUACCCAUUCAGCAAAGAUGUGAUAACUCGUAUAAUUGUAGAGACUUAUCUGAUGAAGAGAACUGUCAAGUUUGUAGGUCUGAUGAGUGGACCUGUAGAGACAGGACUUGUGUACCAGACCAGGCUGUAUGUAAUGGCUAUUAUGACUGCCCAGAUUAUUCUGAUGAGGAUGGAUGUCAAGUAGUCUGCGGGCCAGGUGAAUGGAGAUGUAGGGAUGGAGCAUGUAUUCCUCUAGGUAAUCGCUGUGAUGGCACACCUACAUGUAUCGAUAGAUCUGAUGAAGAGAACUGCCCAUCUAUAGAAUGUGCAUUUGAUGAAUACACAUGUAAAGAUGACUCCUGUAUACCAUUGUCUGGACUAUGCAAUGGUGCCUCAGAAUGUCCUGAUGGUUCUGAUGAAAUUGACUGCGAAAGAGCAUGCAGACCUGGAGAAUGGCAGUGUGGUGAUGGAACAUGCAUUAGGGAGAAUCAGCGUUGUAAUGGCCAGAUUGACUGUCGUGAUUAUACAGAUGAAAAUGAGUGUACACCAACUUGCCUGCCUGAAGAGUUUCCCUGCUUAGAUGAUGGCACCUGUAUCCCUAGAGAAUUGGUGUGUGAUGGGAGAGAUUAUUGUCGUGAUGGGUCAGAUGAACUUAAUUGUCCUACACCUGCAACGUGCAAUGAAAAUGAGUUCCGGUGUGCAGAUGGUAUUUGCAUAUCUGGCAUCUUGGCAUGUGAUGGCCAGAAGUAUUGUCAUGAUGGCUCUGAUGAGUGGAAUUGCCAUAUAUGCAACCUUGCUACACUGUGGCAGUGUGAUGAUGGUAUCUGCAUUGAUCUGGUAUUGCGGUGUGAUGGCAAGCAAGACUGUCCAAAUGACAACUCUGAUGAACGCCAAUGCAUUCCUUUAGCUACCCCACGACCAAACUGUACUGAAGGAGAGUUUCGCUGUAAUGAUGGUACCUGCAUUAGCAGUGCUUCAAGAUGUAAUGGUGAACCAGACUGUGGGGAUAGUGAGGAUGAAUUAAAGUGUCCCCCUGACUUGUGCAGGCCUCCUGAGGGUUUCCGCUGCUCCAGUGGCUACUGCAUCCAAGCCAAACGGCGUUGUGAUGGAACCAAUGACUGUCAGGACACCAGUGAUGAAAGAGAUUGCCCACCUUCGUGCACGAAUAACGAGUUUACUUGUGGAGAUGGUUCAUGCAUUCCCCUGGAAGAAAAGUGCAAUGGGCUGCAAAAUUGCCCAGAUGGAAAGGAUGAGGCCAACUGUCCAUCAGAUUGUCGUCAUGAUCAGUUCCGUUGUGAGGAUAAUUCAUGCAUUGAGCUCAGCCAACGAUGUAAUGGCCGUGCAGAGUGUCUAAACGGGGAGGAUGAAAGAGGAUGUCGUUCAGAAGAGUUCCAGUUCCAGUGCCAUAGUGGUGAUUUGAUAGAUGUACAGUACAGAUGUAAUGGGGAAGUUGAAUGUCCUCUUGACUUAUCAGAUGAGGAGGGAUGCACUUGCUCACCACAAGAAUUUAGAUGCCAAAGAGAUGGACAGUGCAUUGACUCACGAAAGCAGUGUGAUGGCCGUAAUGACUGUAGUGAUGGAUCUGAUGAGCUCAAUUGUCGCUGUCCUGCUGGUGAAUGGAGAUGCUUGAAUGGCCAGUGUAUCCCAAGUGCAUAUCGUUGUGAUGGCCGCCAGGAUUGCAGUGACCGUUCUGAUGAAACUGUCGAUUGCCCUCCACCUACUCCCCGACCACCUGUACAAGCUUGCGAAGUUGAUCAGUUUGAAUGUCAAAAUGGCAGAUGUAUAUCCCGAGCAUUCCUCUGCGAUGGAAUUCCUGACUGCACAGAUGGUUCUGAUGAAAUUAACGAAAAUUGCCGCAAUAAGUCUAUAAGUAGGUGUAGAAGCGAUCAGUUCUCGUGUUCCUCUGGGGAAUGUGUUGGGUUGAACAAAAGGUGUAAUGGACAUUAUGAUUGCCUUGACGCCUCUGAUGAAACUGGAUGUCCCCAAGGCGUAACUCCAUGUAAACAAACAGAGUAUCAGUGUGGAGACGGAACUUGUAUUCCUGAGAGUGAGCGUUGCGAUGGUAUAUAUGAUUGUGCUGAUCAGUCAGAUGAGAGAGAUAAUUGCUGCCACUCGGAUGAAUUCCAGUGUCGAAAUGGAGAUUGUAUUCCAAGUUCCCAACGGUGUAACGGUUAUCCAGAAUGUGUUGACCAUUCAGAUGAACAUGAAUGCAGCUGUGGGAGCAUAGAGUGGAGGUGUGACUCCGGGGAUUGUAUUUUUCGCACUGAAGUAUGUAAUGGCGUGCGAGAAUGUUCUGAUGGUUCAGACGAGAGGGAUUGCCCAGAUUCCUCCAAGCCUUGCUACGAGGGCCAGUUCCGAUGCAGCACAGGAGAGUGUAUUGAAAAUUCUCGCCUAUGUGAUGGCAACGAUGACUGUGAGGAGGGACAAGAUGAGACAUUUUGCCAUCCCAACUUCCCUUCUGUUACCCCUGUAAUAGACCCCGAAACCCCAGUUGAUCAGUGUACUUCAAGUGAGUUUACCUGUGGUUCUGGAGAGUGUGUAUCAUCCAAUGUAGUAUGUGAUGGGCGCUUUGACUGCACUGAUGGUUCUGACGAAAAGGAAAACUGUGUUACAGCAGAUCCAGGUGUACCACCUCCACGAGAAUCUUGCACUCUGGACCAGUUUACAUGUAGAAAUGGGUUUUGCAUUGAACAAUUUCAUCAUUGUGAUGGCCGACAAGAUUGCAGUGAUGGAUCUGAUGAAGAUAACUGUGAAUCUAGGUGUCAGCCAUACGAGUUUCAGUGCCGUGGUGGGCGGUGCAUAUCAAGGAAUGCUCGUUGUGACGGCAGGAGGGACUGCUUUGAUGGCUCAGAUGAAAGCGAUUGCCCUGUAUCUACUCCAUAUAUCCCCUUUACACCUCCAACACCUACACCAUCUACCCCAAGUCGACCUCCUCCUAGGAAUUAUUUCUUUUGCAAUGAUGGAGGUUUCAUAGAAAAUUUCCGAAAAUGUGAUGGAAGGCGUGAUUGCAGUGAUGGCAGUGAUGAAGAUGAAAGAUGUAAAUCAGAAACGGACACCAUCGACUUGAAAACAUACCCAGAAGAACAGACCAUCCAGCAGACUCGUGAGGUUGUGUUCCAGUGUCGCGAUGAAGGAACAAUUCGCGCUCCAGUAAGAUGGACAAGAGAUGGCAACAGGCCAAUGCCUCCUGGAACAACUGAUGUGCGUGGCCGUUUAACUAUUCCUAAUGUCCAGGUGGAGCACUCGGGGAGAUAUUACUGUGAAGCUCAGGGAGUUCCAUUAUCAACUCCAGGAAGAACAAAGCCUGUUAAUUUACAAGUCAUUCCAUAUGUCCGACCAACACCACCAACAUUGCCACCAGUUUGCAGAACUAAUGAAGCUACUUGCAUGAAUGGCCAGUGUAUUCCUCGAACUAGUGUUUGCAAUGGGGUCUUUGACUGUGAUGAUGCAUCUGAUGAAAUGCGAUGCAAUCCUUUGGGUUGUGAACCAAAUGAGUAUCAGUGUGAUAAUAAACGAUGUGUCCUGAAAACUUGGAUGUGUGACUCUGAUGAUGACUGUGGUGAUGGGUCAGAUGAACGUAACUGCGUCACCAAUCCUCCUGGUUCACCAUGUUUAUUCAAUGAGUUUACUUGCCACAUUGGUAAUCAGUGCAUUCCAAAGUCGUUCCAUUGUGAUAACGAAGUUGACUGUCAGGACGAUUCAGAUGAGACAGGUUGUAGUAAACCACUUAUUAUCACACCGCCACCUCGUAAUUUGAUGGUCCAGGCUGGAGAGACAUUUGUCAUAAAUUGUACUGCUAUAGGUGUACCUCAACCCACUGUCAUUUGGCGUCUUAACUGGGGUCAUGUUCCUGACAAAUGCAGAAUGACUAGUGUUGAUGGAGUUGGUGUGUUGACUUGCCCAAGUGCUCAACCUACUGAUCAAGGAGCAUAUUCCUGUGAAGCCCUUAAUAGUCGUGGAUCAGUCUUUGCUACCCCAGAUUGUAUUGUCCAGGUUAAAGGUGGAUCAUCAGUAUGCCAGACUCCUUAUUUCAAUGCCUUGGCACAAACUCAACAGGAUUGCCUUAAAUGUUUUUGCUUUGGAGCGACAGAUGAGUGUUAUUCUGCAGACCGAUAUAUCACUCAGUUGCCACCCCCAACCAGUUCAUCAUUCCAGUUAGUUGGAGUAAAUCAAGAUCAAUUCCAGGGCAAUUAUGUAAUUCGUAACAGACAGUACCCUAUCUCAACUUCCUUCAUAAGAUACCCUGGAGGGAAUGAUGUUCAGCUUCUGGGAGACCGUUCAAAAAUUGGAGGACCUAGAGACCUUUUGAUAUAUUUUUCACUUCCUGAUAGCCAUAAAGGACAACAACUAUCAUCUUAUGGAGGAUAUUUGAGGUAUAAGAUAGCCUUCUCAAGCUCUGGAACUUUACAACAACAUAGUGGACCAGAUGUCAUAAUGGUGGGAAAUAAUAUUACUCUGAUGCAUGUUCAUGAUGGCGAAUUCUUGCCUAAUGUGGCAAAUCAAGUAGAUGUAAGAUUAACUCCAGGGCAUUGGUUUAAACGAGUAAUUGGCCGUGGACCAGUUGCUCAGACCCAAGAACCUGCCAGCCGAGAAGAAAUUAUGAUGGUACUGGAAAACAUAGAGUUCCUUCUAAUUAGAGCUUUGUAUCAUGAUGAAUCAUUUGUAGAUGCUACACUCUCAGAGGUUCAGCUAGACACAUCUGUUAUGUCUAACAGUGGCCAAGGUCAAGCUAUUUAUGUUGAAGAGUGUCGAUGCCCAGAAGGAUAUGUAGGACUCUCAUGCCAGUCUUGUGCUCCUUCUUACAAGAGAGUUAGGGAAGGACCAUGGCUUGGUCGAUGUGUUCGUGAUGCAGAGUGUAGACCUGGAGAAUAUGGUGAUCCUGCAAAUGGUAUUCCAUGCCAGCGUUGUCCUUGUCCUCUCUCCUCACCCACUAAUCAGUUCAGCUCUUCCUGCUAUCUUGGUACGGAUGGUCAAGUUACUUGCAACUGCCUCAGAGGUUAUACUGGUCGCCGGUGUGAACACUGUGCUAAAGGCUAUGAAGGAAAUCCAUUGAACCCUGGAGAAAGUUGUCAGCCAGUGGUUCCAAAAUGCGAGUGGUUUGAAUUCUAUUGUGGAGACAUGUCACGCUGCAUCGAUAAGGAAAGACGUUGUGAUGGCGUACCAGACUGUCCUGAUGGUUCAGAUGAAGAGUAUUGUUAUGUUCGCUGUGUGACAACCUUCACAUGUUCUGAUGGGACUGUUCAUCCCUGGUCUCGUCGUUGUGAUGGCCUCAAAGAUUGCUUAGAUUAUGAAGAUGAGAAAGAAUGUAAUGUUUGCUUCAAUAGUGGGCACAGAUGUGGCGAUGGACAUUGUGUUCACUUUGAACGCAUAUGCGACGGCCAUUCUGAUUGCCGGGAUUUGAGUGAUGAGUUACCUCAGAAUUGUUUGGAUGCAUUACCUUGUGACCACAUACAUCAGUGGACUUGCGCUGAUCCUACUCGACAAUGCAUAGACAGAAGUCGCCACUGUGACCAUGUUGUUGAUUGUCCUGAUGGAUCUGAUGAGCUUUACUGUAACUGCACUUGUGAUAAGAAAUUCAACUUCUUGUGUAGUGACGGACUUUGCCUUGAUUCCAGUGUUCGAUGCAAUGGAAAAUUUGAAUGUCCUGAUAGGUCAGAUGAAAUAGGAUGCGGUUGUGACCCAAGGACUGAGUUUACUUGCAGUAAUGGCAAUUGCAUAGACAUUGAAUAUUAUUGUGAUGGUCACUACAACUGUAGGGAUGGCAGUGAUGAACCUUUUGGGUGUAACCAUUGUGACUUAGAUAUGAUGCAUCAGUGUGGUGAUAGGACCUGCAUAGACAAACGAUAUGUCUGCAAUGGUUUAACAGAUUGCACUGAUGGUAGUGAUGAACCUUGGGAUUGCACCCCUUGCAAUUUGGAGACAAUGCAUCGAUGUGGAAAUGGAACAUGUAUUUCAAAACAUCAUGUCUGCAAUGGCCGUAGAGAUUGCAGUGAUGGAAGUGAUGAACCGCCUUCAUGCGUGCAGUAUUGUGAUGACCGCUAUGAAUUUGCCUGUCGAACAGGAACUUGCAUUGAUUUAAGACUUGUUUGUAAUGGGUACAAUGAUUGCUGGGAUGGCAGUGAUGAAGAAAGAUGUUCUCGUUGCAAUCAGUACGAAUUCCAGUGUGGUGAUGGAUCUUGUAUUAGUCGUCAGCGUCUGUGUGAUGGUCAAUCAGAUUGUAGAGAUGGCAGUGAUGAGAGUGAGCGGGGUGGUUGUUGUGUAGCUCCAUACUUUUUUCAGUGCCUCGAUGGUGGUUGCAUUGAUUCACGUCUGGUCUGCAACAGGAAACCUGAUUGUAGGGAUGGUUCAGAUGAAUAUCUUUGCUCGGGCGAGUGCAAUCCUGCUGGCAGUUAUUCUUCGAGCGCUGAUCCUGUCACUGGUUCAUGUCAGUGUAAGGAAUUUGUUACUGGACCCAAGUGUGACACGUGUAUUCAGAAUUCUUUCUACCUCAACGAGAAUAACCGCUAUGGUUGUAUUGAUUGCUUCUGUAUGGGAAUUACUGAGCAGUGUACAUCUUCAAAUUGGUAUAGACAACAGGAAUCAGUUUCAUUUACCAAUGAUCGUCAAGGAUUUGAGCUUGUGGACAAAUUCCAACAAAAUGUGAUCAGUAAUGAUAUCUAUGUAGACUCUGGACGUCAGGAACUAGUCUUCCAAGAGUUUUCUCGCCUUGGUCAAGAGGUAUAUUACUGGAAGUUGCCUCAGCGUUUCCUUGGCGAUAAAGUGACAUCAUAUGGUGGAAACCUGACAUAUAGUCUGCGUUAUGUCCCAACUCCUGGCGGUCAAAGUUCAGCAAAUGCGGCAGCUGCAGUGGAAAUUUAUGGCAAUGAUAUUGUUUUAAAGCAUUAUAGUAGAAGCCAGCUCAGCCCUAGUCGACAAGAGACUAUAAGUGUUCCUCUUUAUGAGCAGUACUGGGAAAGGCAAGAUGGUCAAGAAGCUAACCGAGAACAUUUCCUUAUGGCUUUGGCUGACUUAGAGUAUAUUCUGAUAAAAGCAACAUAUACCACAAAUACUGGUGAAGUUGGAUUGAAAGAGGUAAUCUUAGAUUAUGCUGAACCCCGAAAUACUGGCCAGGAACGGGCAUUUGCUGUGGAGAUGUGUGAAUGUCCUGUUGGAUACCAAGGACUUUCUUGUGAGGAUUGUGCUAUUGGGUACACUCGUAGUCUGUCUGGUCUUCAUCUUGGUACCUGCAUCCCCUGCGAAUGUAAUGGUCACUCAGAAGAAUGUGAUCCUGAAGAUGGAAUUUGCACAAACUGCAGAGAUAACACUGCUGGUGAUUACUGUGAUGAAUGUGCAGUAGGAUUCAACAGAGAUGUGGUCUCUGGUCGCUGCAUUCGCAUACCUGGUGGUGAAUGUAACUGUGAUGUACGUGGCUCAGUUUCAACGCAGUGCUAUGGUGAUCGUUGUCAGUGCAAGAAAAAUGUACAAGGAGAAGAUUGUGAUUCCUGCAAACCGGGUUACUUCCACCUUUCCUCAAACCCUGAUGGCUGUUUGGAAUGUUGGUGCAGCGGUGUGAGUUCACAGUGCUUCUCUUCAAAUUAUUUCCGCACACAGCUGCCUAUGCAACUUCUCUCUGAUCAUGGCUUCAUGCUUGCCAACAGAUUGCGGUCAAAUGUCAUCAAGGAAGAGUUCAAUAUUAAUGUUGCCAAUAAUGAGAUUUCCUUCAGUAACUUUGGUGCUCUUAGAGAUGGGGAAACCUAUUACUGGUCUUUGCCUCAGAUGUUCACUGGAAAUAGGUUGCCUUCAUAUGCAGGUAAUUUAACAAUUACUCAGAGAUAUCAGGCUCAGUCAGGAGGUAACCAGUAUGCUGAUCCUGAUGUUAUAAUCAGGAGUUCUGGUGGAAGGGAGCUCAUAUGGAUGAACAACAGACCUCUUCAACCUAAUAUCCUUCAGACAUAUGUGGUACCUCUUUUUGAAGAAAAAUUUACAAUGAAUCAACAGCCAGCUUCAAGAGCUGACUUUUUGAAUGCUUUGUCAUCUGUUGAAGCAAUCUUGGUUCGAGCUACAUUAAGCAAUCGUAUGACUUCAACAUUCUUAAGAGAUGUCAUUAUGGACACAGCUGUGUCAUCUCAAACGGGACAACCUAGAGCAUAUGCAGUGGAACAGUGUCAGUGUCCAAAAGAAUAUUCAGGUUUAUCAUGCGAGCAAUGCAAGCCUGGGUAUUAUCGUGACACAGCAACAAACCAAUGUAAUCAGUGCCCUUGCAAUGGUCGUGAAGAGUCUUGUGCACUUAGACCUGAUGGUAGAGUGCGAUGUGACUGCCUGCCUGGGUACCACGGUGAUUUCUGCGAGGAAUCAGGUCUGAUGCUCGAGCUUAGGCCCAUGAAGGUGCUCUUCAAUAAUAACUUCAGAGAACGUUAUGCAAACUUCACAUGCUCCUACCACUCAUCUGAACCACUUCGAGUUGUUUUUACUCUUGAGCCUGCUUUGGCUAAAGGGGAAACUCCAUUUGCCCUUAUGGCAACAAAUAGUCCGUACAAUACAGAGAGGUAUACCAGUGGAGCUAAACAUUAUGUAACUCUACGUAUCCUGAGGGGACAUAAGACAGUCACUUGCAGAGUUUACGAUGCCUCUAAUAUGGAAGUGGCCCAAAUGGUGUCUCAGAUUUUGUAUGUCAGUCGAGCCCGCAGAGAACGCCCUCCACCUGGGGGAGAUCCAUCUAGUGCAACAAUAAGUGUUACUAUCUCUGAGCCUUCAAUCGUAAUCUCUGCUGUUGGAUCAACUGUUCAGUUCCACUGCUCAGCACGCACUAUAACUGAUCAGAGGCGCGUACCUGUUACAUGGAGUAAAUUGGAUGGUGUAUUGCCAUAUGCAAGGUCAACAGACAAUCGCCAAGGUCUUCUUGAGAUAACACAGAUCCAGUCUUCAGACAGUGGUGUUUACAUUUGCACAGCAUCAGAUGGCUACAUUGUAUUUACACAGAAUGCUACGCUGAGAGUACAAGGUGAAACAGCUCAACCUGGAGCCCCUCGAGUCAGAAUUGAAGAGCCAAGAGAAGUUGUAGAAGUGAGAAGAGGCCAGACUCAAGAAGUUCGUUGUUCUGCUGCUGGCAGUCCUCGUCCUCAAGUCACAUGGUCAUAUGGGCCUAACAGAGAUCGAUUGCCAUUCAAUGUAUUUGCUCAAAAUGGUGUUCUGAUAUUCCGAAGUGCACAAACUGAUGUAUCAGGUGAAUAUUACUGUACAGCUUCAAAUAGUCAAGGAACUGACUAUGCAAGAAUUAUAAUUAACAUUGUACCAGAUGACCGAUCACCCAUACCAUCACCCAUACCUGGCGGACCACUCAUUGUUCAGGUUUCUAGAGAAAUUGUGGAAGUUCGAUCAGGAGAGACUGUUCGUGUUAGUUGCACAGCUGCCAUUCCAAGAUCAGUGACAAUCACUUGGAGUAGACUUGCCGGACCACUGCCGUCGCAAGCAGUGGUGACAAAUGGUGAGCUUCAGAUUGUUAAUGCACGCCCCGUCGACUCUGGUAUAUAUGUUUGUCGAAUCACAGAUGAUAGAACCAGUCGGUAUGAAGAAUCAAGCACUCGUAUCACUGUGACUGAAUUUGUGAACCUUCCUUCAGUUUCCAUCCAACCAGACAGACAAACAAUAAAUCAAGGCACAAAUGCUGAACUUCGUUGCAUAGCCACAGGAAAUCCGGCCCCAAUAAUUACAUGGUCAAAGGCCAAUGAAGAAUUGGGUCCAAGAGUUACUGUAGAUGGAAGUAUUCUUAGAAUAACAGAUGCUGUAGUUAGCGACCGUGGUAUGUACGUGUGCUCUGCAAGAAAUGAUGGUGGAACAGCUCAGGCAGCAUCAAUUGUUGAAGUAGAACGCCGAGAACCUCCUGUAAUAGAAAUAUAUCCAGAAGUAAAACAGACCAUUGUUGUUGGAGCAAGUGCUCUCUUCCAGUGUCAUUUGACAGCUGGCAUACCUCCUCCUGCUGUACGAUGGACACGUACUGAUGGACGUCCUUUGAAACCUAAUACUGAAGUUCUGAAUGGUGGUGUUUUAAGGUUCAAUGAAGUGAAAGGAGAUGAAGAAGGAUCAUAUACUUGUACUGCAGAAAAUGAUGCUGGUAGUGUAAAGGCUGUAGCCAUCCUAGAAAUUCAGUCUUUGCCAUUCAUUACAAUCCAGCCCAGACCAUCUCCAUAUCGAGUACGUGUAGGUCAGCCUGUACGCUUGGAAUGCUCAGCCCAAGGUGAUCCAGCACCUACCGUAUCAUGGCAGAAGCUGCAGCACAAUUUCCCAGCUAAUAUUCCAAGUCAGUCAGCCCUACCAACUGUUGCUGUCUAUGAAAUUGCCAGUGCCACGAGAGCUGAUGAAGGAACAUACCAGUGCAGUGCUAGAAAUGCUGCAGGUACUAGUGAAGAAAGACUGCAGCUAAUCAUAGAGGAGGAAGAUCGCAUUCAGCCACCUCCUUAUUAUGAUAAUUGGCCGACUCAGCCAGCUUACCCACAAAGACCUGAACAAGAAUCACGGUAUUCAGUUCCAAGGGGUGGCAGCUUUGAACUGAGGUGUGCAGGAGGUUCUGACAGAGAAAGCACGCAGAUAGACUUCAAGCGCACUGAUGAUGCACCACUACCAAGAGGUCACCGAAUUCAGGGAGGUGUUUUAUAUUUGAAUAAUGUUGAUGACUCUGCAGCUGGCGAAUAUGUUUGUAUUGGUUCAGACAGAAUCAGUGGAAGCAUUCUCUUCACAAUAUACUCCUAUAUUCAGGUUUUGGCUCCUCCACGAAUCACUUUGGAUCCAAGACGUCAGGUUGUGCGACCAGGAGAUCACACUCGUAUCCAUUGUUCAGCAACCGGUGAUCAACCUAUUACCAUCAACUGGUCAAAACAAGGAGGAUACAUGCCCCCAUCAGUGAUAAUAAAUGGUGGUGAAAUGAUGUUCCGUGGUAUUUCAACUUCUGAUGCUGGUCAGUAUAUUUGUGAAGCUGUCAACAGUGCAGGAAGUUCAGAAGCUGUUGCAGAAGUUGUUGUUAAUGUGUCAGAAGAUGGAGAAAGCCUUGUAAUAACAUCUGUAAGUUUACCUCAACUGAAAACUGAAAAUCAAAAUCAACCUGAAGUCAAUGGAAAUGAAGUUAAAGAAGGCUUAUUUUUUUAUCAACUUGGAGAUGAAGACAGCAUUGAUGCAUCAUCUGCUCCUAGUGAUGGUUACUUUUUAAGCAUGCCUGAAGAAGUUGUAUGCCAUUUUGUUUGUCAUAAUGCCACAAACUGCAUAACUGCUAUGCAGUUAUGUGAUGGGAUAGCAGACUGCCUCGAUGGAUCUGAUGAGUGGAAUUGCCAGGCUGAUGGCCUCUUGAAAAGGAGUGACAUAUUUAAUACCGAAAAUAAGUGCUUGGACUUCUUUAAAUGUGGUGAUGGAUCCUGUUAUCCUUUCUACUUAAACUGUGAUGGCCAUUGCGAUUGCAAUGACUGCAAAGAUGAAAAAGUUUGUUUUCGUCGAAGGAGACAAGUCACAAAGGAGGAGCCACUUUUGACUGCUAUCCUGCGUGAUGUGUUGAUGUACACAGGCCAGACUGCUGAACUCCGGUGUGAAGUCUCUGGACUCAGUCCAAGUAUUGUCCGGUGGAGACGUAUUGGAGGAAGCCUACCUCCUGGUGCACUCCCAAGAGGAAACCUACUGAGACUGCCUUUCAUUAAAGUUGAAGAUACUGGAAGAUAUAUGUGUGAAGCAACAACACCUGAUGGUUUCGUAACUUCAGAUGUUAUAACCCUGACUGUAGAGAGGAGUCAAGCAAUACCUGUCAGAAUCGAACCUAGUCACAGAAACGUCCGCAUUGGGGAAGAUGUAGUGCUUUCAUGCUCAGUGGAUGGUGACCCAGCAGCUGCUGUGACAUGGUCAAGAAUUGGCAAGUAUCUUCCACCUAAUGCUCAAGAGAGGGGGAGUCAGCUUUGGAUCUCUAAUGUUCAGGCAGAUAAUGGUGGUGUAUACCGUUGCUCUGUUACAACCCAGAAUGGAGUCUUUGAUGAAUCUUAUCCUUUAGUCAUACAAGAUACCAUUUCUACUGAAAAUUUGAACUACACUGAUGUGAACACUCGAUCAGUGAAGACACGGUCCGUACCAUAUGGAACUGGAGUAGUCAUGGAGUGUUAUGUUAGUAUUCCACCUCCAGUUUCAUAUACAUGGUCUAAGCAAGGAGGAGAACUACCAGUUAGGGCACAUGUCCAGGGUGCUACCAUUGAUAUUCCUGAGGUUCACACUGAGGAUGCUGGUCUCUACAUUUGCACGGGAAGUAACAAUGAAAGGAGUGUAGAUCUUCUCACAUUGCUUGUUGUGACAGGAGUAAUACCUCGAUUCUCAGGAAGCUCUUAUGUUACUUUGCCCACAUUACCAAGAGCUUAUCUCACUUUUGAUUUAGAUAUUUCAUUCAAGCCAGAGUCUGAUAAUGGACUUAUCUUGUACAACAGUCAACGUGCAGGAAGUGAAGAUGGAGAUUUUGUAUCUUUUGGAAUGAGUGGAGGCUAUGCUGAAUUUAGAUUUGAUGUAGGGUCUGGUCCUGCUGUUAUACGUUCCAGAGCCCCCUUAGAGUUGAAUGCAUGGCACACAGUUAGAUUAUCAAGAAACAGGAAAGAAGGUACUAUGAUUGUGGAUGAUGGAGUUCCAGUUACAGGUCGCAGUGAAGGACGCUUCCUUGGUCUUGAUUUAGUUGAGAACAUGUAUUUAGGAUCAGUACCAGAUUUUAGCAAAGUACAAAAACAAAGUGGGUUUAACACAGGAUUUAGAGGUUGUAUAAGUCGUUUGGUGAUUGGCAAGACUGUUACAGUUGACCUGAUGCGAGAUGCUAAGUCCAAGGUUGAUGUUGGGGCAUGUGAGACUUGUGCUGGAAAUCCUUGCAAGAAUAGUGGUGUUUGUCAAGAGGCUUACACUGAAACUGGUCAUAAGUGUAUUUGUCCAGCUGGCUUCUCAGGAGGUCUCUGUGAAAAUACUGGUGAAGCAUGUUAUCCAGGUGUUUGUGGAACUGGUAGAUGUGUCAACAAACCAGGUGGCUUUGAAUGUUUCUGUCCAUUUGGUAAGGUUGGGGAACGCUGUGAGAGAGACAUCACAAUAGUUGAACCUGCUUUUGGUGAUGGAGCUUACAUUGCUUAUCCUACACCUAAAGCCUUGAGGCGCUUCUCAGUGGACAUGAACUUUAAGCCAGAAAGUCUAGAGGAUGGUGUUCUGAUGUACUGUGCUCAAAGGGAGAGUGGUGAAGGAGAUUUUACCUCUUUAGCAAUCCGUAAUAAACGUCUUGAAUUCCGGUUCAAUACUGGUAGUGGCACUGCACUUAUACAAAGUGAUCCUCUACAGCAAGAUCAGUGGGUUGAAGUACGUGCAAAUAGAACAGACCGUCUUGGCUCAAUGUCAAUCAAUGGUGGACAGAUGCAAAAUACUGAAUCUCCUGGAACGAACCGAGGCUUAAAUUUAGUCACCCCACUCUUCAUUGGGGGUGUUGAUAAUUCUCGAAUUGAAGUAUCUCCUGAAGUAGCAGUCAACCAAGGCUUCCAUGGAUGUGUUAAAGAGAUUAAAUUGAUGGACCAAGAAAUGCGUUUAGCUGAUUCUCUGGUAGAUUCUGCUAAUGUAGGGCAAUGUGGUGGAUCAUCUGCUUCCAUGUGUACAAUAAACUCAUGUAAUAACAGAGGCCAAUGUAUUGAUAAUCCUGCACUGCCUCAUGGUUACACUUGUAACUGCAAUGAUGGAUACAGUGGACGCAAUUGUGAAGUAGAUCCAGGCGUUUGCAGCAUCAUUCAGCCAUGUAGGAAUGGAGGAGCCUGUAUUGGUUCUGGAGAUGUGUACAGCUGCCAAUGCCCACUUGGUUUUGCAGGCCAACACUGUGAACAUGAUGUUCAGGUGCUUGGCUCAGCAUCCUUUUCAGGAGAUUCUUGGGUAGAAUUUGACCGGUCAAUGUUACCUCAAGAAGGAGGGGAAACUCAAAAAAUAACUUUUGAAUUUUCAACUGUAAAGUCUGAAGGCCUUCUAUUUUGGCUAGGCCAGGAACCAGGAAUCCCUGGUAGAGGACAAGAUUAUGUUAGUGUAGCAAUUGUAGAUGGUUUUGUAGAGUUUGCCUACCAAUUGGGAACUGGACCUGCUUUUGUACGAUCUCGAAAUAGGGUAAAUGAUGGUGAGAGACACACUUUAAUAGUAAAGAGAACAGGUCGUCAGGGUUCAAUAGAACUCGAUGGAUCUGUUCAUGAGUAUGGUGAGAGUCCAGGCAUGCUUCAUAUGCUCAAUACCAGGGGCAAUAUUUAUAUUGGUGGAGUUCCUGACCUGCAGUUAAUGACUGAUGGAACUCAUACAGUUGGGUUCCAGGGCUGUAUACACCAAUUAACUAUUGGUGAAGAAAAAAUUGUUAAUUAUAUGCGCCUGGCUGUCUCAGGCAUUAAUGUUACUCGCUGUCCAAGGUACCGGAAGACAACGCGUAGAGAAGCCCCACACCGCUCUAGCAUUCAAAUUAAUCCUCUUGGGACAAACAUUUCUCUCAUACUACCUCUGGCUACUACCACUUAUAACACCCCUUCUGGCCCUGGCUUUAUGCUUACGACGUUUUUUGCUUCUUCCACCUCGUCUUCCUUCCACUUUCACUCAUCUCUGCUAUGGAGAUCAACAAGCCUGGUUUUCCUCCUCAUCUGUAGUACGACACUUUCUCACUAACAUUGUAUAGAGGCUUCGAGGAGGAUAUCGAGGAGGAAGGGGCAAGGGACGUCGCCGAGGUUAAAAGGUGGUGUGAAGAAUUCUCCAUACUAGUAGUCUAGUAAACAUGGAUUAGUCUUCCAGCAACGAGGGAAAAUAAACUGAUGGGACUGCUGCAGCAAACACCACAUCCCCUCCUUCCUAUGCUCCAGUCUUAAAGAACUGAAAAGAUAAUAUAUAUAUAUAUAUAUACGUAGUUUCAUGCCCUGUCAUUCUUUGCAGCCAAAACUAUGUCAAGAUUUAUCCCUCCACUUGAACGAGUUGAAUAUAUUGUUUGGUGAUCAUAGAGUUCUAUUCUUAAAAGGGAUAACUGUGCCUUGUUUAAAUGUACAUGUACUGAUCCUCCUUAGGAGACCAGAUGUGUAUAAUGCUACCCCUGCCGCCUCAAUACUCCUGCAAUAUCACGUGUCUUGUAACCUAGUCCAAGGAAUUCCAUAACUGUUCCCAUAAGGUUGUCAUUAGGUAAUUCAUCUGCCUCUGAUUAUCUAGCUCUCUUGCAGUUUUAUCAGUCCAAUGUGUUCAUCUUUUAUCUAAAUUUAGACAUUUACAUAUAGAUUAUUUUAUUAAAUCAUUCUGACUGCAACAUAAGGAAAUUUUGGGAUAAUCUUGUGCCAAAGGACACGGUUUUUAAAUUAUAGUGUAAUUGAGAAGACCAACUUUUAGAAAAUUUGUUGUAUACAAAUCUAUAGAUCUAAAUAAUCCUAAAAAUAUGAGAUAUAUUGUGAUGUGAGAGCUUUUGUAUGUAUGUGCCAAAUGGUUGGUGAUGUUGUGUAUGACAACCUGUUGUGUUGUUCCUAGUGUAAUAAUCUCCUCACUCAUGAUAUAGGUGAACUUCUUUGGUUAUGCUUGUUUCAUUUUUUUCUUCAAGUAAUGGUUUCUUAAAUACUCUGCCAUUUGGCUGCAUGAUGAACUUUUGCAUCUUUUCUUUUUUUAAUAAUUGUAACUACUAUCAUGCUUGUUUAUUUUUCAGCUGACAAUGGUGCUACCAGGAUGAAAGUUGUUUGUUUCACAUUUAGGAUGUAAUAUAAUUUUAUUCAUUAAGUUUUAAUAAUUUAGUUUUGCUAUCAACACUGCCAUUAUGUUCAGACUUUAAUUUUGGGUAUUUUUUUGUAAGGAAGUAACUAACAUUUUAUUAAUUUAAUGAAUAAUCUGAUAACUGAACUGCCAUGUCCCAUAUCUUGGAGUCUGUUGGUGUAUAGUCAUUACCCCAUAUCUUGAGUGUUGCCAAUUAGUCAGGGUCCCUUUCACACGUGUCUAGCUCUAUACCUGUCUUGAAAUCUCAUGUAUCGAUGAUUGUAGCUUUAUAGUGGAUUUCUUUAAGGGCUUAAUAUAUUAUUUACGUCUUGUUAAACUCGCCUUUAAAGAAGCACUAUUAAAUUACAAGGAAUACAAAUCAGUGAUAAUGGGAUUUUACAAGUCUACUGUCAUAGCAGUUGUGUUUCUUGGAUAAAAUAGAGGUUUCUAAGAUGUUUUCAUUUUAAAGGGGUAGGCUGAUACUAACUUUGAUAGCUGUAUUGUCUGUGAUUAUUCUCUUGCUGUUAAUUUAGUCACUGUGGAGCAUUAACUUUAUUUAUUUUCUCUGCUAACUCAUUAAUAAACAAGAAACACACCAAAUAUGACAGUCUUAGCAGUGUGCAGCAAAAACGAAGGCAUUUCCAUUUCCUUUUUAUCCUAUAUUUUCCAAGUAAGAAUAUUCCUUGUGUUUGAUCUUUACAAGUGCAUCUCCAUUCAGAACUUUAUUUAUACUUUUAAUAAUUUUCAGAAAAAAUUUUCAAUUACUUGAAGCACACUGUUUUAGUGAACCCUCUCUCCAGUUACGUGAAUUUAUUGAGUUGAGUAUAAAGCCACAUACCUUAUAUUUUGUGGAUGUUGCUCGUAAAUCAGCCUCCAUAAAGUCAGUGUUGCUAAAAAGCUGGCUUUCACUUGGUUUUACUGACAUGGCAUAGUGGGGUGUUAUACAACUGUUGCCUUCAUGUCCUUGCUCCUAUAUAAAACUGGGCUGUAUUUGUAGAUAACAGCACUGUUGGAAUUCUGUUUUCCAAAUUUUGUCUCAAACUAAACAUUGGACUAGAUUCCCAGUGAAAAUUGAAAGUAAUAAUGAUAAAAAGGUUGAAAUAUAUAACAUUAAAACUGUUCAGUAUUGUUUUAGACAGUCACUACAUACAUUUUUACCUUUAAAAAGUCAGUUCUGUACUAAUCCUUCAUCUUGUCAAAAUAGUAAUUAUAAUAUUGUUAAUUGCUGCCAAAACUGACUACACCUACAGCUAGUAAUUACAGAAAAACAACUUGUUAUUAUGGCUUGAUAAAUGUUUUCAUUGUGUGUAUAGUUUAUUCCAGUCAUUUGAAAAACAGAAACAUAGUUACAAUAUGGUAGUUUUUGAACAAAAGAUGAUAGUAAGAAAAUUGUAAUUUAUAACCUAAUGGGCAGGGCAUAAUUCAAAUUACAAUUACAUUGUCUAAGUUUAUUUCAUACUUUCUGGAAGCUCUGAUAUGCACAUGUGUAAAUGGCUAAUGUGAUCUUGUAACUAUUUUAAUUUUAUUAAACAGUAAUACUGUAUAUGACAAUAGAAAGUAGAAUGAGUAAUAAUUGUUAUAACUGUUCAUAUCUAGGAUUUUCAGGCAGUACAAAAUGAACUUUGUUUUAAGAUUCUCGGCCUUCCUUCAAAUGCUUUGCUCGGCAGUGUAGACAAAAUCACUGGCCCAAAUCCUUCACAGUCGGAGUACUGCCGUUGCUACUGCUUAAGUCAAUUUUCAAUAUUGUAACACAAGCCCCAGUAUUCUUAACUCUGUGUGGUUGCUAAGUGGUGAUGAAAUACAAUUAAAGGGGUUAUUUCUUCUUUUUAGAAAUUGUGUCAUUAAAAAUAGUCUGUGA